AUGUUCCUCACUCGCAGCGAAUACGAUCGUGGAGUCAACACCUUCUCCCCGGAAGGACGUCUUUUCCAAGUCGAAUACGCCAUCGAGGCCGUCAAGGUUUUUCAAAACGCUUCUCACUUGAAAUUGCGAACAUCUAUUUUAGUUGGGUUCGACGAGUAUCGGAAUCAAGACCAGCGAAGGAGUUCUUCUGGCGGCCGAGAAGCGAUCGACGUCGAAGCUGAUGGUGAAUGACGCGAUCGAGAAAAUCAGCAAGGUCGAUCAGCACAUCGGUGAGCAAUAAAUGCCGCAUGGAUGUAGAGAAUCCGUUUUUCAGCUGUCACUUUCGCCGGAUUGAUUGCCGAUUCGCGCACUCUCGUCGAGCGAGCUCAGGUCGAGGCUCAGAACUUCUGGUUCUGCUACAAUCGCAAGAUCCGUAUCGAGGACGUCACCCAAUCGGUCGCCAAUCUGGCUCUUCAGUUCGGAGACGAUGACGUCAAGGUCAGUGAAAUGCCGAUUAAGAUUUGCAAUAAUAACAGUUCAGGCGUCGAUGUCCCGCCCGUUCGGAGUGGCAAUGCUCUUCGCCGGUGUAGACCAGGAAGGCCCGAAGCUCUUCCAUCUUGACCCAUCCGGCACUUUCAUCGACUGCAAGGCCAAGUCGAUCGGAGCCGCCAGUGACGGAGCCGAGCAGAAUCUCAAGGAGCAGUACCAUGAUGUAAUAGGCGAAGACACAGCUUCAUCGCUCAUUCGCUUUCUUUUCAGGCGCUCACAAUCAAGGAAGGAUUGAAAAUGGCUCUGGCGAUUCUGAAGCAAGUGAUGGAGGAGAAACUGAACUCGGCCAACGUGGAAGUCGUCGUCAUCAAGAAGGGAACCGACGCGAACGGACGUGCUUUCGGAGACUUCCAGAGAGUUUCGAACGACGAACUUGAACAAGUCAUCACCUCCCUCUAA